AUGAAGAAAGACCAGAUCUUCUGGGCUUCUGUGUGUCUGCUGCUUGGCUGUGCCUCUGUCCCUCUCAGGGCCGACCCUGCGGAAGGUGAAGACGAUGCAGAGGCGACAGUUGCUGAGCCAGUGAUACCUGCACGUACAUUUUGUGCGUAUAAAGCGGAUUCGGGUCCAUGCAGAGCAAUGCUGAAGAGAUAUUAUUUCAAUAUUCAAACUCAACAGUGUGAAGAAUUUGUAUAUGGGGGAUGUGAAGGAAAUGAGAAUCAAUUCGAAAGUCUGGAAGAAUGCAAAAAAAUAUGUACAAGAGAUUAUUCAAUGACAGCAUCGAAAAAUGAAAAGCCAAGUUUCUGCUUUUUGGAAGAAGAUGUUGGAAUUUGUCGAGGUUAUUUUACCAGGUAUUUUUAUAACAGUCAGUCAAAGCAGUGUGAAACUUUUGUGUAUGGUGGGUGCUUCGGCAAUCUAAACAACUUCGAAUCACUGGGAGAAUGCAAGGCCACCUGUGAUCAGGAUGCAUGUAACUUGUGGCAGUUGAAGGAUGAUAAAACCCAGCUUGAUCCUGUACACAAUGACUCCUUGACACCCCAGCCUACCAAGAUAAUCAGAUCUUUAAGCUAUCACAGCCCCUACUGGUGUCUGACCCCAGCAGACAGAGGAUUGUGUAAAGCCAAUGAGAGCAGAUUCUACUACAAUUCAAAUGUUGGGAAAUGCCUCACAUUUAAUUACAGUGGAUGUGGAGGGAACGAAAACAAUUUUGUUUCUAAAAGAGCAUGUCUUAGGGCUUGUCAAAAAGCUUUCAUCAAAAGAAUACCCAGAGAAAAGUUAAUUAAAACUAAAAGAAAGAAGAAGUAUUCAGUGAUAGUAGGAUAUCAUGAUGACAGAAAUUCUACUACCAUGUUUUAG